CCGCCAUGGCCGGCGGCGGCGCCCCGGGGCUCCUCCCGCUCCUCCUGCUGCUCCUGUCCGCCGCCGCCAUCAUCCCCCGAGGUGAUGGUCAGAACUUGGUGACAGAGGACGUGACCGUGGUGGAGGGGGACGUGGCCACCAUCAGCUGCCGCGUCAAGAACAGCGACGACUCGGUGAUCCAGCUCCUGAACCCCAACAGGCAGACCAUCUACUUCAGAGAUUUCAGGCCCCUGAAGGACAGCAGGUUCCAGCUGGUGAACUUCUCCAACAGCGAGCUCCGGGUGUCCCUGACCAACGUGUCCAUCUCUGAUGAAGGGAGGUACUUCUGCCAGCUCUACACCGACCCCCCCCAGGAGAUCUACACCACGAUCACGGUGCUGGUCCCACCACGCAAUUUGGUGAUUGAUAUCGAGAAAGAAACCGCCGUGGAGGGAGAGGAGAUCGAGCUGAACUGCACUGCCAUGGCCAGCAGACCAGCCACCACCAUCAGAUGGUUCAAAGGCAACAAGGAGCUAACGGGCAAGUCGGAGGUGGAGCGGUGGUCCGACAUGUACACGGUGACCAGCCAGCUCCUGCUGAAGGUGGGGCGCGAGGACGACGGCGUCCCCGUCAUCUGCCUGGUGGAUCACCCUGCGGUCAAAGACUUGCAGACACAGCGUUACCUGGAAGUCAUGUAUAAGCCUCAAGUGCGGGUUUCUCAGAAUUACCCCUUGCAAGGCCUGACGAGAGAAGGGGAGCCGCUGGAGCUGACGUGCACAGCCUUUGGAAAGCCACAGCCUACGGACAUGAGGUGGUUAAGAGUAGAUGAUGAGAUGCCUCAACACGUUGUAGUGUCUGGUUCAAACCUUCUCAUUAGUAACCUAAACAAAACAGAUAAUGGUACAUACCGCUGUGAGGCUUCCAACGCGGUGGGGAAAUCACAUGCGGAUUACAUGCUGUUUGUAUACGAUCCCCCCACAACUAUCCCUCCUCCCACAACAACCACCACCACUACCACCACCAUCCCUACCACCAUCACAGACACAACGGCGACGACAGAACCGGCAGUUCACGGCUUUACUCAGUUGCCCAAUUCGGCCGAGGAGCUGGACUAUGGGGAUCUCUCAGAUUCCCGCGCAGGUGAGGAAGGGGCCAUACGGAGUGUGGACCAUGCUGUGGUUGGUGGCGUCGUGGCCGUCGUCGUCUUUGCGAUGCUUUGCCUGCUCAUCAUUUUAGGGCGAUAUUUUGCCAGACAUAAAGGUACAUACUUCACUCACGAAGCCAAAGGAGCAGAUGAUGCGGCCGAUGCAGACACAGCCAUCAUCAACGCAGAGGGGGGACAAAACAACUCCGAGGAAAAGAAAGAGUACUUCAUCUAGAGCAGCCUUGGUUCCCAUGAGGUGUCCAACUGUGGACGGUUACUACUGGCCCUAUUUAAACGCUACAAAGACAAAGUGAUCUUGGAAGUUGCAACCAGCUUGUGUCUUUUUUUUUUUAAGGAAAAAAAAGCAAAUGGGUGGAGAGCGGUGAGGCCGGGAAGGUCUGGGAUUUGCUGUGUAAAAAUAUUCCUCGUAAAGUACACUCUGCUGUUUGACACCUCAGUUCGUUUGGGUUUUCUUUUUUUGGCCAAGUCCAGCUUGGAUUUAGUUUAGUGAAGUCAUUUGCAGAAGAUUCUGUGCCUUGUUUAAUUUCUGUUCGUUCGGGUCGGGGGGAGGCUGGGAAGAAGAGGGGCUUCUGUGCGUUAGUUCCCUUCGGGUUUCUGUGGCUCUUCGUUUCCCCUUUCCUGUUUCUGGAGUUGCCAGCUGGGACCCCGUGGAGUAGGUGCGUUUCUCUGAAGGUGUUUCCCCUUUUUUCUCUUCACCGGUUUCCGUUCAGAACUCGAGCUCAUCGGAGGAGAACCAGCACAUUUUAGAUGCGUAGUUUGCAGUUCAGUGUGCCCAUGUCCCGUUCCCCUGUUGCCGUCAGGGCUCGGAUAACACCCCCCAAGCCCCCUUUUGUGGCUGUUUCAGGUGCUUUCGAUGGUGGCGGCUGGGAAAUGGGCUGGAGCUCGGCAGAGGCGCUGCGUGGCCGCGGGGAUGCGGGAGCAGGGUCCUUGCUGGGCAGGCAGAGCCCUCCCGGGUGCAGGGGCUUCUCCUCAUCCUCUCCCCGCUUGGCGGCCAUGGAUUCAGCAGGUAAAGCCCCUCUGACGUGUGAGCCCAGACCUGGAGAGCGGCUGGAUGAACAAAACUGCCUUUUUUUUCUACCUGCUGAGUAAAACGCGGGAAUUUGUGUUGAAACGAGCGUGCUAAUGACCACUAAAGCCAUAGGUGCACAGGAGACUCUGGCUCAAUUGGAAUUGUAAGCGACAGGUAGCAAACUGCAGCGGGAAGACGGUAUAAAGUUAUAUAUGCUGACUUUUUUUUGGUGAGUAAUCAUGGAUUUCGAGCGAUACUUUUUUAUUGUGUUUAUGUGGCAAAUGUAUCUGAUUUAUUUAAGGAAAGCAUUAAUCUUAGUGUCAGGUUUGGGGAUUUUUUUACGGGUUUCGGGGGGGGGGGGGCCAUUUCCGUGCGUUUGUUUUUUAAUUGCUGUCUUUUGGCAGAACCAUUACAAUGUGGGAUUCCCUCGGGAGCGGGGCGGCCUGGCGCAGCACGCGGGCCCGUUCCCCGGCACUACUCCUCCGUCUUUUCCCCUCUUCACGAGCAGAACCUCGCGAAACACCCGUUUUUUCCGAGCAGCUUUUGUCGAGCGCAGCUCUUCCCUGAGCCCUCAGCACCAUUGCCAAACCCCAUCGCGGUGAGAAGCAGCCAGGCUGGAGCCGGGGGCUCCGCGGCACGGGACGGGCAUCCUGGCCUUGAGCAGCCCAUAUUUGUUUGGAAGUGUACCGUAGUGCAGUGUUACCGAUGUAACUUUGACUUACAAUGUUGACAUGUCUCAGGUUCAUGUGUUUGAUUGGUGUUUUCCGUCUCAGGUAGAUUGCAAAAUUUCGGCCCCACGCAUUGGAAAAAUAAAAAAAAAAAAAAAAAACCCCACACGUAAAAACAGGAGAAAAACCAGGAAAUUAUUAAUUUUAGUUGUAUAUCGGUUUAUGUAUUUUUUCUUCAGUAUACAGUGCACUGUUGAAAUGUAUUGUUGAGUAUUACUUUGUACAGCUUUAGAUCAUUAGGACUUUGAAGCGUGAAGAAAGAACAACCUUGUUUAAAGGAGGAUCACAAAUGAAGAACGCAGAACUGAUGAUAAACAACCUUGUUCUUUAUUUACCCGGCCUUUUUAUUUUUCCCCCUUAGGCCAGUUCUGUUUUAAGGUGUCCAUGGAAGAUGUUACAGUGUAAGAAAAUACAUAUCCAUCUGUUCCCAUUCACAUUUUGUAUUGGUUCAUGUAUCCCAUUUUUACAAAGGAAAAGAAGUACUAUAAAAUAUCUGUCUUCUUAAUAAAAAAAAGUUAAUGUUACAAAA